AUGCCCAGACUUUAUCUGUGUCAAACGCCUGGGUCUAUCAUGUCAUGGCGUGACGAACAUCUCCGAUGGGAUCCAAAAGAAUAUAUGAACAUUGACCGAAUGCAUUUUGAUGAGCAGGAUAUAUGGGUGCCUGAUAUCAAAGUGUUCAAUACAGACGAAACCUCUAAUGUCCAUCCCUUCGGCGAAGUCCCAAUCCUCGUUGACAAUGACGGCAGGACUUACUGGUUCCCCCCUACGCACAUCCGGGUUCCUUGUGACCUCGACCUGUCCUUGUGGCCUAGCGAUGAGCAUGAGUGUGUCAUCAGGAUGGGGUCCUGGACACAUCGCGGGGAACAGCUUGACACGCAGCUCUUGGAGCAUAAUGGAACAGCUGUUUCUCUUGACGUGUACGAGAAAAACAAUCGUUGGGAGUUGUUGAAAGUAGAAGGCAAAAGGCAAGAGAUAACACUAAGUGAUGAGGACACUUAUUACGAAAUUGAUUUCCACUUUACUCUGAAGAGAAGAGCUCGUACCCAAGCCAUUUACAUCACACAGUCCACUCUGGCCAUGGUUGUGGUAGUGCUGGCGUCAUAUUGCCUGCCUCUCCGUCUCUAUUACACCCGGAUCGUCAUGCACCUGAUUUCUCUCGCCGUCUUGAUUGGCUGUUUCUUCACCCUCUUUUUUUACGCUGCAGCUAAAAGGGGACCAGUGCCACUUAUAGUGCGCUAUUAUUCUGGCACAAUCGUUCUCACAAGCAUCUCCCUCUUGUCAACAAUCUUGCUCACCACGCAGGCCUGUUGUUUCUCCUCCUCUUCUUAUUCUUCAUCUUCUAAGAGGCUGGUAGGAAUUGUGGCUUCACACACCUGGCCUCAGGAAUGUCAUCCAUGCGAAUUACAACCAACUCGACUCAGAGCUGGUGAAGAGCUGGAGGAGACUCGAACUCAGCCUUCGACGUCUCAGCAGUCCAGCACAGCCACAGAAGACAGCCAGAACAGUAUCACAGCACACAACAUUCGCAGGAUCAUCAACUUCCUUCUGUUCUUGCUCUUCACGAUAGCUUUCUGCGUGGACUACACGGUGUUGCGCAGUGUAGCAAAAUUGAGAAAAUUGGGGAAGAAAGGGAGAAAAGGAAAUAGAGAGGAACAUGGGACUGGAAUGGGAGACAGACAGAUAGUAAGAAGAGUGGGGCAGGGUACAGGGAGGGAGGUAUGAUACAGAGAGCGAGUGAGAGAGACAAAUGCACAUGAAGACAAAUGGGAAUACAGUGAAGAUGAAGCGAUAUUUUUUAGAUAGUUAUUAUGCUGUAAGGUCAUUAGAAAGAAAAUAAUUAUUAGAUAUGUCUACAUAAAAAAGUUUAAACACGCACCCACGCCCCCCUCCCCCACAAACACACCCACACACCCACAUCCACACACA